AUGUGCGACUUCUCAAAAUACGGUAUUCCCAGCGAGGAAUGGCUGCGUGUGGAAGCCACUUUGUCACCCACGAAAGAGCAGAGCUUUUCCGAGCUGAAGCGAACAGCCAACGAAGGUAGAGAAGCCGUGGCGCGAAAAGGGGUGGCAGAGUUUUCGACCAAAGUGUCCACACAAGAUCACUCAAUUUGUGGACGUGAUGGCUAUAAAUUAGAGGCGAGAAGUUAUCGCCCAAUCUCAGCAUCCCCUUCUGAGAAUCUGCCAAUUUACAUGCACUUUCAUGGGGGUGGCUUUAUGUUCGGUACUUUGAGCUCAGAGGAUGCGAUAUGCUCUCGGCUUGCUGUCAACGCACAAGUUGUUGUUGUCAAUGUCAACUACCGCCAUACUCCCGAAUAUACAUAUCCGACCGCCUGGAACGAUGCCGAAGACGCUUUCCUUUGGGUCUGCGACAACUUUUCUCAAUUGAACUGUGAUCUGGACCGAAUCGUCGUCGGUGGGAUAUCGGCCGGUGCAUGGCUCGCCGCCUCUUUGACACUGGCAGCAUCAAGAUCAGAGCUCCCAGUCUCGCCAACUUCAGCAAUUUGUGGCCAGGUGCUGAUGAUUCCUGCUCUGGUGUACACCAAGUGUUAUGAAUCUCAAUUACGCCAAAUAAAAGGCCCUAGUGUCUCGUCAUAUUCUCAAAACGAGAACGCGCCGAUCCUGAAUAUGCGCAGGAAGCAACUGUUCAAUGGUCUUUUAAAAGUGGAAAAUCCAGAUCCGACUGACAAACGACUGAAUCCUGGGCUUUUGUCCUCUGAAGACGCGAAAAUGUUACCACCAACAACACUUGGGAUUGCGGGCUAUGAUCCCCUACGAGACGAAGGGCUGCUAUACGGAAAGCUAUUGGCCGAAAAUGGUGUACCGACGAAUGUCAAUGUGUUCAAAGGUGUACCCCAUGGAUUCCGACGAUUCGGGGGGAGAUUGUCAGUUUGCCAGCAAUGGGAUCAGACCAUGGAAGACGGAAUUAGAUGGGCAUUAGAAAUGCCUUCUGUGUCAGGAGAGUUCAUCAUUCAGGAACAUUAA